UUUUUAGAUUACCACACUUAUUAAUCAUAAAGAUAACACCAAAAAGUCUGAUAAAACUCUGCAAGCAAUUCAGCGUGUGGGACAAGCCGUCAACCUGGCAGUUGGAAGAUUUGUUAAAGUGGGGGAAGCUAUAGCCAAUGAAAACUGGGAUUUGAAAGAAGAAAUAAGUAUUGCCUGUAUUGAAGCUAAACAAGCAGGAGAAACAAUUGCAGCGCUUACAGAUGUGACCACCUUGAAUCAUCCAGAAUCUGAAGGCCAGAUCAUGAUUUUUACAGACAAAACAGGAGUUAUAAAGGCAGCAAGAUUACUUCUCUCUUCUGUAACAAAAGUGUUGCUGCUGGCAGACCGAGUAGUUAUCAAACAGAUAAUAGCAUCAAGAAAUAAGGUUCUCGCAACUAUGGAAAGACUAGAGAAAGUUAAUAGCUUUCAAGAGUUUGUCCAGAUAUUCAGUCAGUUUGGAAAUGAAAUGGUGGAGUUUGCACAUUUAACUGGAGACAGACAAAAUGAUUUGAAAGAUGAAAAGAAAAAGGCAAAAAUGGCAGCAGCUAGGGCAGUUCUUGAAAAGUGUACAAUGAUGCUUCUCACAGCUUCAAAGACAUGUCUCAGGCACCCCAACUGCGAAUCAGCUCAUAAAAACAAAGAAGGAGUGUUUGAUCGAAUGAAAGUAGCAUUGGAUAAGGUCAUUGAAAUUGUGACUGACUGUAAACCAAAUGGAGAGUCUGAUAUUUCAUCUAUCAGUAUUUUUACUGGAAUUAAAGAAUUCAAGAUGAAUAUUGAAGCUGUACGGGAGAACCCUUAUUUUCAGUCCAAAGAGAACCUUUCUGCAACAUUGGAAGUCAUCUUGGAGCGCACGGAGGAUUUCACGGAUUCUGCUUACACCAGCCAUGAGCAUAGGGAACGCAUCUUGGAACUGUCAACUCAGGCGAGAAUGGAACUGCAGCAGUUCAUUUCUGUGUGGAUUCAAGCUCAAAGCAUCAAAACAAAAAGUAUUGCUGAAGAAUUGGAACUUACUGUUUUGAAAAUCAGUCACAGUCUCAAUGAACUUAAGAAAGAACUUCACAGUACAGCAAUGCAGCUGGCAGCAGAUCUGUUAAAAUACCAUGCUGACCACGUGGUUUUAAAAGCAUUAAAACUUACUGGAGUAGAAGGAAAUUUAGAAGCUUUGGCUGAAUAUGCCUGUAAACUCUCUGAACAGAAAGAACAGCUUGUUGAGACCUGUCGAUUAUUGAGACAUGUAUCUGGGACAGAACCUCUUGAAAUAACCUGUAUACAUGCAGAGGAGACAUUUCAAGUGACUGGCCAACAGAUAAUUUCUGCUGCCGAAACACUGACAUUGCAUCCAUCUAGUAAAAUUGCUAAAGAAAACCUUGAUGUAUUUUGUGAAGCUUGGGAAUCUCAGAUUAGUGACAUGUCAACACUGCUGAGAGAAAUCAAUGAUGUGUUUGAAGGAAGACGAGGAGAGAAGUAUGGCUACCUUUCACUUCCAAAGCCAGCGAAGAAUAAUGCAAACCUGAAAUCAUUAAAGCUGGACAAGCCUGACUCUGAGGAGCAAGCCAAGAUAGCAAAGCUUGGACUUAAGUUGGGUUUGCUCACCUCUGAUGCUGACUGCGAAAUUGAGAAGUGGGAGGAUCAGGACAAUGAGAUUGUUCAAUAUGGACGGAACAUGUCCAGGAUGGCCUAUUCUCUAUAUUUAUUUACUAGAGGAGAAGGGCCACUGAAAACUUCCCAGGACUUAAUUCAUCAUCUAGAGGUUUUUGCUGCAGAGGGUUUAAAGCUUACUUCAAGUGUACAAGCUUUUUCAAAACAGCUGAAAGAUGAUGACAAGCUUAUGCUUCUUCUGGAAAUAAACAAGUUAAUUCCUCUAUGCCACCAGCUCCAGACAGUAACUAAAGCAUCUUUGCAGAAUAAAAUGUUUCUAAAGGUUGAUAAGUAUAUUACAAAGACAAGAUCCAUGAUGGCUCUCUUGGUCCACCUUCUCUCACUUUGCUACAAAUUGCUGAAGAAGCUUCAGAUGGAAAAUAACAGAUGGGUCUCGGUUACAAAUAAAGACGCUGUGGACAUAAAAAAUUGAGAAGCUCUGGGGCCAGAUUUCUGGAACAUCAUGUGGCAAAGCUGACAUUUUUAAGAAGCAAACGACUCUUUAUAUUUUCAGAAAUUCAACAGUUUUAUAAUGAAAGCAGCACUGAAAUCUUGCUUUAUUUUCUGAUCUUCAGAUUGUGAUGCUUUCUGACAACUAAUAAAUGACAUGGUAGUUGCUAGAAUUCUAACUGCAGUACGAUUUUAAAAUGUGACAUUGCAUUAAUAAUGUUCUUUAAACAUUAAACCAAAUAUCCCCGACUGUCUUAAUGACAGUUGAAUCCAAUCCAAAGAAGCUAUUUUGAAUAAGGGCUCAACUUUGGCAUAUUGUACCUUAACUAUUUUAUUUAAGCUUAUUCUCUAGAACCCCAAUUUCAGGAGAAAAUAUACAGUAACCUGGGUGAACACAGGGCUUUCCUUUAACCUUUGGACUCUUCCUUCAUUCCCUGUCCAGGUAUGACAGGGGCCCCUUGGAUGCCCCAGCAGACCCCCCAUGCUAGUGGCAGUUGUUUUCUAACAAGCAUUUCAGUGUAAGGGUUAUUAGGCCAUGUGUCCCUUCUCUAAGGCAGGUAAUGGAAGUCACUCACAAAACCCUGGAGCAACUCCUGGAGGAGAUGGAUUUUAAAUUUUUUUGCAGUGCUGGGGCUCAAAACCAGGGCUUUGUGCAUGCUAGGUAAGCUUUCAUCACUGAGCUACACUCCCAGCCAAAGGUAACUCUUUUGGUUCUAGUUCUAGCAUAGUUGGUCAAUGUGCCCUACUAGGUGGAAUCCUCAGUCUUUUUUACUGGCUUAUAAAACAAUUUCUAACUACUCUUCUUAUUAGUUGGCGGAAUGGCAGGUAAAAAGGACACUGGAACCAAUGAACUGUUUAAAUUCUGAAUAAUAAUAUAUUUUAUAUAUGUGGCAUGGUAAUGUUCAUCAUAAAACAAAUAAACAUCUUUUUGAGUAUUUUUAA